UAUCAGCGGGGGCUAACUCCUGGCGAACACACUUGGGGUCUAGUGAUUUGUGGAUGACUUUCCCCUUCUGCUAGAACUCUUUGAGUGGGUGUAACAUGCAUCCCCUGCAGUAGACGGCCGUGAUGCUGACACUGAGGUAGAAGCCAUGAAUGAAAAUGAAGAUGAGCCCAAAGAUUUCAUCAAACUGAGCUAUGAAAAACUCUCUACAGAUGAAGUGUCAGAGCUGGUGAUUUCUCCAUGCUGUGGGGCUGUGUCCCUGUUCAUAGGUACUACAAGGAAUAACUUUGAAGGGAAAAAGGUGAUUCACUUAGAAUAUGAAGCAUACUCACCAAUGGCAGAAGCUGAAAUAAAGAAAAUCUGUAGAGAUGUUAGACAGAAAUGGCCUUCAGUCAAACAUAUAGCAGUGCACCAUAGACUUGGUUUAGUUCCAGUAACAGAAGCAAGUGUGAUUGUAGCAGUCUCCUCUCCACACCGAGUGGCAUCUCUUGAGGCUGUGCAAUACUGCAUCAACACUCUGAAAGCAACUGUUCCAAUUUGGAAAAAGGAGAUUUAUGAGGAGGCAUAUUCUUGGAAAGAAAACAAGGAAUGCUUUUGGGCAGAUGUGGAAAAAUAACUCCACCUCCAAAGUCACUCUACAGUGCAUGCAGAUCAGCCUUUACUUGUAGAUACUUUACAGCAGUGGUGGCAACCUGCGGCCUGUCAGGAUAAUCAGCUGGCGGGCCGCGAGACGGUGUUUACAUUGACCGUCCGCAGGCGGGAAGCAGUGGCCCGUCCCGCUUCCCGCAGCUCCCAUUGGCCUUGAACAGCGAACCACGGCCACUGGGAGUUGCGGGCAGCCGUGCCUGCAGACGGUCAAUGUAAAUACUGUCUUGCGGCCUGCCAGCUGAUUACCCAGACAGGCUGCAAGUUGCCCACCACUCUACAGUAAAUCUAACUAGUAACAGCUUAUGCAUUCUAACAAACACUUCUGUCUAAGACAGAAUAAAAUACAAACAGUAAUUAGAUUAAGUUCAUAAAUAACUUUCAUUUUUUGUAAAAUCACCCAGCUGUGCUUUUUUAAAUAGCUAGACAGUUUUGUAAAAACAAUUUCCCAAAAAAUUCUUAAUUGAAAGGACUCUAGUUUUAUAUACUAUAUGCUGCUUUAAUACCUUUAUUCUGGCACCCUGUGUGUUCAUUGCCAGCACUGGAGAGCACAACAUGACAAUCAGGUUUGUGUUUUUUUAAUCUUAAAAAUACCCUUUGUUAGUUUUAUAUGACUGCAAAGUCAACAUACUGGCUUUUAGAUAGUUUGACACUUUUAAGUUGAUUAAACGUUUUUGGUACAAGCAGAGAAAAAAAUAUAAAUUUUACCCAGAGUUACUAAUGGUUACUUCCCAGUAGCUUUGGUUCAUAGAAAUAUUUUUACUGUGUAGUUAUUACAGGUCCAGUCACAUUAAGGAAAUGUAAAGCUCUUUAUUCGAAGUGAGAUCAUACACAACUACUUUGCAUUAGCAAUAAAACACAAACUUAACUGAACUUUAAUAGAUGUAUAGAAGUGACUAGUUUUGAAGCAGCUUUUGCAGCUGUCUUAUUCUAUGGGUUAAAAAAGCCAAUAGUUGUUACAAAUUAAAACAGUUUUAAGUCUCUGGCUUGAACUACAAAUGCAAGAAUAUUUACAGUUAGGAAUAAAAUUUCUCAUUUUAACUAAUUGUUAAAAGGACAUUGUCUUGAAACAAAGUCAAUUUAAAAAAAUAAUUCAGUAGAUUUAACAGGAGGAACUAAUUAGUUAAUGGGGCUACUCACAUAAGUUACUCACAUAUACAAAUAUUAUCAAUUUGCAUUGUAGUUUUGUAUUGUAGAGGUCCCAACUGAGAUCAGAGCCCCAUUGUGCUCAGCCCUUAGAAACCUAGUGAUAGAUAGCUUCUGCCCCAGAGAAUUUAUAAUCUUAAAUAGACCAGAGAAGGUAUGGGAAGGGAAAGAAGCACAGGGGUGUAGUGACUUGCCCAAGAUUACACAACACUUGGGCCCUACUUGUUUCACUGUUUCCUCAGUAGCACAGUCAACUGCACAAAGCAAAAACAGAUAAAGACAAUUCUCUCUCUCAUCUUUCAGUCACAGUAAUCUUUGGUGUUAGUUUCAAGCAGAAUAAGUUUUAAUACAAAAUCAAACCCCAAAACUUCAAACACAAGUGAGAUUAAACUGGAUCCUUGUACUGUUUUUUGGGGGACAUCCCUGGGAAGAAGAGAAGCCGCUCUUUGCAUGUAUGCAUCUAUUAUGGGUGUCUGAUGUGUCUUCUGUAUCACUUUGGCUCUUAUAUUUAGGUAGGGGAGAGUAAGUUAGACUGAAUUUUCCUUGUUUGGAACGUGCGACUGAAGAACGAUGCUGUUCGGAUGUGGCUUUGCUGUAUGGAUUGUUCAGUGCUAUCAGCUCCAUGAAUAAAGAUAAUUUCUACAGAGAUCAA